AUGAGCUCCAAAUAUCGUUCUCUGUUGAUCACCCUCCCCCACAAGGUCGGAUCUCUCAAAUCCAAUCUCGACAUUUUCUCCAAAUAUAAAAUCAACUUGACAAAGAUUGAAUCCAAGCCUUCCAAACUAUCCACUCGGACCUUUGAUUUUCAUGUCGAUAUUGAAGAGAAUGUCAAUAAGGAACAUUUAGAGAAAGCCAUUAAGGAAAUUCUCGAUCAAUCAUUGGCAGAAAAUAUCAAAUUUUUAGGAAGUGACAAACGUCCAUGGUUUCCACGAAAGAUUUCUCACAUAGAUUACUUUACCAGACAAACUUUGGAAGCUGGAGGAGAGUUACAAUCGGAUCAUCCCGGAUUUCACGAUAAGGAAUAUAGAGAUCGAAGAAAAAUGAUUGCAGAAAUUGCCAUGAAUUACAAGCAUGGAGAACCCAUUCCAAAAAUCAAAUAUUCCAACUCUGAGAAUGCUACUUGGAGAGUCGUCUAUGAAAAAUUGACAAGUCUCUAUCCAAAAUAUGCUUGUUCUCAGUAUAAUUAUCUUUUCCCUCUGUUUGAACAAAAUUGUGGAUUCCGACCACACAACAUUCCACAGCUUCAAGAUGUGAAUGAUUUUUUGGUGGAAGUGACAGGUUUUCGAUAUAGACCUGUUGCUGGCUUACUCACUGCGAGAGACUUUUUGAAUGGUCUGGCCUUUAGAGUGUUUCAUAGCACUCAAUACAUUCGUCAUCAUAGUGCUCCAUUUUACACACCGGAGCCAGAUGUAGUUCAUGAGUUGUUGGGACAUUCGAUCAUGUUGGCAGAUCCUGAUUUUGCAGAUUUUAGUCAGCAAAUUGGAUUGGCAAGUUUGGGAGCGAGCAAUGAAGAUAUUGAUCGAUUGGUUCGGUUGUAUUGGUAUUGCUUAGAGUUUGGUCUAGUCAAUGAAAAAGGUGAAAAGAAGGCCUAUGGAGCAGGUUUGUUGAGUUCAGCAGGAGAACUUCAGUUCAGCUGUACAGGAAAAGACCCUGAUGGAAAAUUCUCGGCUCCAGAAUACAAGCCAUUUGUUGCAGAGGAAGCUGCUGAAAGACCUUAUCCCAUUACGCACUAUCAACCACUCUACUAUGUAGUCAGUUCAUUGGAGCAAUGUAAGGAACUCAUCAAGAGUUAUACUUUGAACAGUCUUGAAAAACCCUUCACUGUGAAGUAUAAUCCUUAUACAAAUACUGUGGAUAUUCUGGACACUGAGGAAAAAAUUAUUGCACUCACAAACAAUAUUCAAUCAAACUUGGAUAUGGUGAAGAAUGCAUUAGGACAUUUGAGAAAUAAUGUGGAAUUUGACAACGAUGAGCAUCAUCAUACAUGGGAUAACAUUUAA